AUGGCGGCAGCUCAGCUUUCCGUUCAAGACCAGAUCCGCCAGCUUGAAGGUGCCCGGAAGCUUGUUUUAGGUAAUGCGAACUAUUACACCCAAGUCAUUCAAGCUACGCUCCCCAUCAUAGGACCUUCAGCGCAAGUGGAAUUCCGACGAUGGGGCGCUGAAUUCCUUGCCGAAGCAUUUGCGACACCCGCUAUCGCACCUGGCCAGAAAGAGACUCUAUCUCUAGUAGUAUUGGAAACACUUAAGUUACUAGUGGAAGACGUCAACCAGGAUGUCAUAGUUCUGAGAGGCGUCAUUCAGGCGGCGGCCAGUAUAUACCCGUUGGCCUUACGAUGGAUUAUUAACAACUCCUACGACACGCACACAUGGGAACGAAUGACUGCUAUCAAGAGCAGGAUUCUGCGAAUAUGGGACACUGCUCCGUUAACCAUCCGAAUUUGCUGUAUCAAGUUCGCUCAACGGGUCGUACUUGCGCAAACGCAGAGCAUAAACCCAGAACCAAGACGUGGUGAUCUCCUUGAUAUAUCGCUUGUCAUGAUUCCUCCAAGCCACCCCAUUCUUGAUCCUCCCACACUCGAAGCCGAAGCAUCAGGCCUCCUAGACAGAAUGCUUGGGAUUUUGCAAGACAAUAGCAGCGACGCAUUGAUUGUAGAUGCGACUUUGAACACCUUAUCUAUUCUCGUCCGAAACAGACCAGCUACGUCAAAUAGGAUCGUGAACACUGUUCUUAACUUCAAUCCGCUCAAGCUUGCGAACUCGCCUUUAACUCCUAAGACAAAAGUUCUUAUAAAAUCAAUGGAGAAGACAACGCGCAUGUUGCUCAUGCACCUAUCCAGACGGAACCCGCAGAAUCCGCUAGUCGGUCGUAUGCAACAAUAUAUCGAACGUCUUAUGCGUUCAAGAGCCGAAAUAUUUGAUGAAGGUGGCCGUAAAAGAGCAUUGGCAGAGCAAACCAAUGGUGUAGAGGCCAAGCGCCAACGGACAGGAACUGCACCACCCAAUCCGCAACUCGAAAUCACCCCGCUGAAGCCAGGCCCUCAUACCCUUGCAGAAGUCUUCACAUUCACUAGUAACGAUGGUCUGAAGCACUUCGACGUCAGUAACAAUGUUCCAGCACCUAUUGCCGCUAGAAUCAGUGUUACUACCAUCGCCCGUAUAGACCCGCAGCUCCUAGAUCGUGCUAUUCAGGGUGUACGAGAUCGCUUGACAACGCUGUACGAAGUCCAACCACAGCCAGUCAACCCCGAGACAUCACCACUUGAUGUUGAGGAAGACGAGGACGACUAUGAGCCCGAUUUUUAUACGGCGGAGGACACUGAACAGAUUCUAAACAAACUUGAUUCUUCGCCUGCGGAUGAACGCCAUGAGCUAGAGAAGCCGGCAUUGGGUGGUCUUGCGUUACCUACUUUCCGGCUACCGCCGGCGCCAACAUUAAAUCCUGAGCACGCUACCAAAGUAGGGCAAGGUUCGGUCACAAGAGUGUUUGGUACGAUGAGAACUCUCGAGGAUCCCGCCAUCAAGAAGGCCAAGGCUGGCAUCAAUAGACUUGCAGCCAGCUCAUACGACCGAGACUCCUGGAUCACAGUAAUAACCCGCUUGGCAACGAGGGCCAAUGCAGGACUUGAUAUCCCGGAGGAAGAUGAAGAUACUAAAGGAGUUCUCUCAACCACCCGUCUGAGCGAUGCUAUUCGGGAGCAACUCUUCAGUUAUGUUCUCGAGGACUUCCGAAAGCGUAUCGAGGUAGCCGUGUCCUGGUUAAGCGAGGAGUGGUAUAACGAUAAUAUCCAAGAGCGAACCACAUCAUCUUCGCCUGUCCCUAGUGAUAUCCCGAUUCACUAUGAGAAAUGGACACUGCGUCUUCUAGACGGAUUCAUUCCUUAUCUCCAUUCCCAAGACAAGGUGCUCACACGGUUCCUAAGCGAGUUGCCCGAACUCAACCUAGCCAUCUUUUCACGAGUUAGAACCUUAUGUCGAGAUCCAAGCUUGGUAAAUCUUACUCUCACAACCCUAUACUACCUAGUAAUGAUGCGCCCGCCCGUAAAGGAUCUCGCACUGGACGCUAUUCAGGACAUCUGGACAGACUAUGAAGACGCAAGACCUAUAGCUGCCAAGUACUUGCAAAGAUGGCGGCCUAGCUUCGUAGAAACAGCACAACAAACUAUACCCGGGAGUGAAGGAGUUGUUGGUACCAGCGUCACUACAGUUGUUACGUGA